CUGGAAUUUCCCAGGGGCACCAGAAGCAUGGCAUUUGAGUUUUCCUGAGCAACCGAAGUGGAGCAUAAGAGUUUGCUGGCCUAGGAAGAUAAACAUGGAUGGCGAACAAGGGGGCAGGAGUGACAAGCCAGGAGGCUCUCCUCACCUCAGAUUUCUUUCAAACCCAUUGAUGGGGGAUGUGGUGUCCGAUUGGUCUCCUCUUCAUGAUGCUGCAAUCCAUGGACGUCUGCUGACCCUGAGGAACCUUAUCAGCCAGGGCUGGCCUGUAAACAUCAUCACAGCAGAUCACGUGUCUCCACUCCAUGAAGCAUGCCUCAGAGGUCAUCUGUCCUGCGCCACUGUUCUGAUAAGUCAUGGAGCUCAGGUAUUGAAUGGCAUGACUAUAGAUUAGCGAACUCCCUUAUUUAAUGCCUGUGUUAGUGGCAGCCAGGACUGUGCUGAAUCUGCUUCUUCAAGCAGACGCUCCCCCAUCCUGGGAAGUGACCUGGCCUCUCCCAUCCACGAGGCUGCUAAAAGAGGCCAUGCAAAGUGCAUUGAAUCCCUCGCAGCUCAUGGGGCCAAUAUUGACUACAACAUUAGCCACCUCGGAACACCUCUAUAUGUGGCUUGUAAAAACCAGCAGGUCGCCUGUGCCAAGAAGCUCCUGGAGUCAGGAGCAUCUGUGAAUCAAGGCAAAGGCUCCGAUUCUCCUCUUCAUGUGGUGGCCAGGAUGUCCAGUGGGGAGCUGGUGCAUCUGCUCAUGGACUUCGGAGCCAAUGCUCAAACCAAGAAUGCGGAUGGCAAACGUCCUGUGGAUCUGGUGCCUGGAAGUCCUGUGAUCGAGAUCUUCUUACAGAGAGAAGGGCCCCUCUCUUUGAUGCAGCUAUGCCGUUUGAGAAUCCGGAAAUGCUUUGGCAUUCGGCAGCAUCACAAGAUUACUGGACUCCUUCUUCCGGAAGACCUGAAGCGCUUCCUUUUGCACCUUUAA